CCCGCUGCCCCGUGACUGUCAUUAAUAAAAUAGCUUUGAUACUGGGUCGCUACAUUAUUACUCAACAACAAGGAGAUAAAAUCGCUGUUUUUAAGUAACUAAACUCGCAGCUUCAUUUUUUUGUAGAAAGAGAUGCACAGAUGCAGGUAAUUCACAAACGCAACUUUCAUCUCUCUCUCUCUCUCAAAAUGGCCAUAUCUAUAACUGACAGUUUGGCCACUUUUAAUUAUUUUAAUUAAUUAUUUAAUUACACUUUCAAUGUCUAUGGUGGUUACGGCCCUGGUCAGACCCCAAUCUCCCAACAUCACUGAUGCUCCUGUGACUGCAUGAGAGAAAAUCCCUGCCUCCAUGAUCCAGUAUCUUGUAGAAGAUUGCGAGCUGCUAGAGAGGAUCAGUUGUCUAUUGAUGCUAAUGAAUGUAACAUGUCCAUCGGGCUGUUCCGGGUGUGGUGUUUGGGUCUCGUCUGUGUGCUGCUAUGAUCAAGAACAGAUGCCCCGCCCCCUGGUGACGUCAGCGCUAAUAGGAAGAGGACAGCGUGAAGAAGGCGGAGGGGCUGUUGUUGUCAAUGACAGGUCAAUGCUGAUCGGGCUUGAAUGGCAGCACCGGACAGUCGGCGGCCUCACCGGGAUUUCGAGAGAAACAGAUCUAUUCCAAACGGCGAGGAAGUGCGCAAUGCGAGGGAUACCGGAGUACAGACCGAUGCCAAAGUACAAGGUCAUGGACCUCGACUGUCCAAAGCCAACCUCUUCACAUUGUUGAGUCUAUGGAUGGAACUCUUCCCAAAGAAAGAGCCACAGCAACGCGAGAAUGAUUCAGCUGGAGAUAGUGGUCUUGUGGUGGUCCAUGAGUGCAGGGUUCUGGGUCUGCAUUGCUCCAGUGCACAGUUACAUGCAGGACAGGUGGCUGUUGUCAAACACGGACCCAGACUGAAGGGAUGCGAUCUCUACUUCUCCAGAAAACCCUGUUCUACCUGCCUCAAGAUGCUCAUCAAUGCUGGUGUGAGUAGGAUAGCGUACUGGCCCGGUGAUGCUGAGAUCAGUUUGCUGUCAGGUAGACACGAUCAUACAGACUCCAGUCACCAGGAAGCCAUCUUGGAUGCCACAGCUGCAGAAAGACUGAAGUCCAACAGCAGACCCCACAUCUGUGUGCUUCUGCAGCCUCUGGACUGCACCAUGCAGCAGUUUGUGGACGAAACUUCUCAAAACUGUGACUUCCUUGGGAAGAUUGCUGCGGACAAACCAACUCUCGAUGUUAAGGAUAUCUUUAGAAGGGAAUGGUGGAACAACUUGGAUGAAUUCUUGGAGAAGUUCUUUAUAAAUGAUGAGGAACAGCAUAAGUAUGUGCUGAACAAAAUGGGACUGGAGAGCUUCUGUGCGGAACCAAAUUUUAGCAACUUAAGGCAGCAUAUGAGGAAUCUCGUUAGGAUUCUGGCAUCCGCCGCCGCAAGCGUUCCGGUUCUAGAAGAAGAUUAUGGGUUCUUCAUGAGAGAGCCUUUAGGGACGGGUUCUCCAGCUUUACCUCAGGAUGUGGUGCGACACUGUAUCAUACAGGCCCGAUUACUGGCGUGUAGAACAGAGGAUCCUAAAUUGGGAGUUGGUGCAGUUAUUUGGGCUGAGGGAAAACAGUCGCAAUGUGAUGGCACAGGUCGGCUUUACCUAGUGGGCUGUGGGUACAAUGCCUAUCCAGUGGGCUCACAGUACGCAGAGUAUCCUCAGAUGGAUCACAAGCAAGAGGAGAGGCAGAACAGGAAGUACAGAUACAUCCUCCAUGCGGAGCAGAACGCACUCACAUUCAGGAGCGCAGAGAUAAAAGAAGAGGAGAACACAAUGAUUUUUGUGACCAAAUGCCCGUGUGACGAGUGUGUUCCUCUGAUCGGCUGCGCUGGAAUAAAGCAGAUCUACACCACAGACCUGGACAGCAACAAAGUCAAACAUGACAUCUCCUACCUCAGGUUCGACAAACUCAGCGGCGUCCAGAAGUUCAUUUGGCAGCAGAAAUCAUCUGCUAGACAUAUGUCAGAACAAACUGCUCCGCCCACAGCAAAUGGCUACAUGAAACGAAGAGAGGAGGGAACUAAUUUUCAGUGCAAUAAGAGACUGCGAUCAUAGAAGACAUUUCGAAAGCUGUUCUCCUGCCACGAUGGCAGCAACAGAUGAUGUUCAAACACUAUUUAACCUGCCAUACUCACGCAGCAUGAUUCAAAUCAGCAUCAUCUUACCACUACAAUACAGCAUAAAAGAGGGAUGUUUUAUGCUUUUUUUCAUUAGUUUACCAGGACAGUCUGUUAAAUGUUUAAUUAUAUGCAUUUUAGAAAUGGAAUUUGGGUUGAAAGGUUUUAAAAUUGUACAAGUUUAUUGCACACAAGUUUUUAAAUGUAUCAAGUUGAAGCGAUAAGCAGAACUGUCCACACAAUAUACUACCCUUUCAAUUUGUUCUUAAUUUACAGUGUAAAAUACAUACAGUACCCAAUGUCCUUUCUUUGAAAAAAAAAAAAAAGGAGUCAACAAUGUUGCUAAUGCUUCAGUUGGUCUUUAUUGAAAUGGUACUAUUAGCAUUUCAGAUGGACACUGCACCUGUAUGUGUAGUAGGAAAAAUUUGAAUUCAAAUUUUGAACAUGUUUUGGCAUCUUCAAUGUAACUGCUGACAAAUAUAUUUAAGAAAUUUGG